GUGUUUGAAUAAUUAUGGUCGUAGCCGUGGUGAUGUAUUUGAAUAGUUAUGGUUGUAGCCGAAGCUUAAAGAAUGAUAAUGUUUAAUGUUUUUGAAUAAUCAGGUUUGUUAUGAUACAAUCAAAUAAUCUAGUUAGUCCAAUGGCCAAGACGGGCGUGAAGUGACUUUGCACAUGGAACGUCUAAGCCAACGGUAUAAAAUCGAACCAAUGGUAGAUGUUCUGUGUGACAACGGUAUAAAAUCGAACCAAUCGAACCAAUGGUAGAUGUUCUGUGUGACAACGGAAUCCCAGAGGACUCGAACCCAGGUGCCUUGGGAUCCAGUUCAGUCUAGUGUUACCACUAGGCUAUUCUGUCUCGGCAACAGCGAGUUAUUCAAUCUCCGGAAUCUAACCGUUUGAUUAAUAAGAUCGAAUCAAUAAGAUCGACGGUUGUUAUUCAAUUUAGUAGUGUAUAGUAUAUACUUAAAUCAAAAUUUCCUUUUUAUUAUCCUAAUCGUAAUUACACAACUCUAAAAGUUUCUUUUUCUCUCUCAACAGAUCAAAGAUUCAGACUCUAACUAGGUUUUAAUUGCAGCGAAGUAAAGUAUGACGUCGUCGACGGAAUUUGUGAAGUCGUUAGGCAAAGGUUCGUUUGGUUCCGUCAAUCUCAUCAAGUUCACUAAACCCGACGGCUCGAAGCCAUACUACCACGCUGUGAAAAGCUCAAACGCACAAGACUACGACUCUCUCUACAACGAGUUUCAGAUUCUAUCUAAACUUAGAGAUUGUCCGAGAAUUGUGCAAACGUUUGUUACAUCUCUCCAGAGAGGUGUGAAUGAUAACGGAACAAGAGUUUAUAACAUGUCGAUGGAGUACGCAGCUGGCGGAAGUUUAACUUCGUUCAUGGAAACAAGGUCGUUGACCGACACGAUGAUCAAAGACUUCACUCGUAUGAUUCUUGAAGGACUGGUCUCUGUUCAUGAUCACGGAUACGUCCACUGCGACCUCAAACCGGACAAUCUUCUUGUGUUUCCACGUGAUGAUGUUGGCGUAACGAAAGAAGUUUCGUAUGAGUUGAAGCUUUCAGACUUUGGAAUGUCGACAGAAGCUGGAGAGGAGUCGGUGUUUUGGGACUUUGAUUCUCCCUACUUGGGAACGCCUCUUUACAUGUCUCCCGAGUCUGUUAACUACGGCGUUGCCGACACAUCGUUAGACUUGUGGUCGCUAGGUUGCGUUGUGUUGGAGAUGUACACAGGACAGUCUCCGUGGCCGUUCCAGGACUCGGAAGAGCUUUUGUGUCAUUUAUUGGAUGAGAAGGCGCCAGAGAUUCCAGAGUCUCUUCCUUGGGAGGCAAGGCAGUUUCUGCAAACGUGCUUUGCAAGAAAUCCUGUGGAGAGGGGAAGUGCUUCGGAUCUGUUGAAGCAUCCGUUUCUUCUCCGGGGAGUUUCUGAUGAGAAGAGAGUGAUGGUUACAGCCGCCGGAAGUAGGAUAAAGUCGGUGGCUGUACUGAAGUCUAGGGUUAUAAUGAAGAAGCCAAUAAGAGUGAAAAUUCUUCCACCAAAGACGCCACAGUUUAAGAAAGUUUUGAAUAGGCCCUUGAGGCUCAAGACUAUACCUCCAAAACCGCCAGGAUUCAAUCUCGUGUUUGUUCAGUCGUUUUGUCUCAGUGUAUCAGUGUGUUCUGUCGCUUUGUUACUUGGUGGUAGAUGGUGUAGAGCAAAUUAAUAAUUAGUUGUGAGAAUUGUACAGAGGAAACAUCAAGGAGCAGCCAAGACCAGGUUUAGUUCCUGUGUCAACAUUGUCACUUGAUAGAACCAUCUCGUAACUUUUGUUUUAUUUUGUUCUUCUCUUUGAAAUCUGUCUGUUUGUACUUGUAUAGAUUCUAUACGUAACUUUGUAACAACACUUGGAGAAUUUAUGUUAAUUGAUUUUUUUCUCUUUUCAUUGUCUUUGUGUCAAACAAGAUAACUAACAAGUCUAGCUAAAAAGUGUUUCCAUGUCUCCAAAGCUGAAUUAAAGAAGCAGCUGUUCUAUGAAUAGCUAAGGAUGUGUGGAUGUUCUUCCCAGAAACAGCGUUCAAUGAUGUUGCAAUUAUCUACAACCACUUCUUCUUCCCGUUUCAACUUCUUCCCUGAAACUACUCCGUUCUCGACUGCUCCUGAAAAUGAAUAUAUUCAUACAGAUGUUUAACAGAUAUUAUUGAACUUUGAUGUAUAAGAAUUGCCAUUUUUUCCUCCUAUAUUCUUGAAAAUUGCAAUAUUCGUAUUUGUUUAUGGUCAAUACAUGACAUAUCACUGGAACGAUAUGUGUAAUGAUUUUGUUUAGGCAAAGCAAAAGCAUCCCCUGUAUUUAUGUGGUUUGUAUUUUAUGGAACACUUACUUAAUGUGUUUAUGCUUUACUAUCUAAGUGUGAUGCGGCGGUGACCAUCUCAUAAGUAAUUUGCAUGAAUUCAAGUUUCGUACUUUCUUUUUCUAUAGUUUUUAUAUGCAACUCUUUUUUAAAAAAAACCUUAUUUAUUUACCUUAUAUUAGUAAGAGAUAUUUAUGUAUAUUAUAUUUAUUAUAGAAACUUACUUAGGAAUCUUAUUUUACUACCAUAGGACAACUGAUAUUCGUAAAGAAUAAUAAGAACAUAAAUUAAAAUUACAAUACCGAAAUACAAGAAUAAAGAAGAAUUGCAGAGUCGAGAUGAUUAAUCUCUUUCCUUAAAUCU